AUGCCUCCGCCAUUACUUUCAUGCGCGCCACGGACAUGUGAUUUAGACCAUGAACACCUUGUCCUUGAAUGGUUGUUCGACCAUGCGUCAAAGCGUCCGGAUGCCGUAGCCCACGAAAUCUAUGCUUCCAUGGAUAAACCCCCGUUCCUGCUGACCUACGGCGAGUAUAACCGGCAGAGCAACAUUCUCGCCCGCUGGUUAAUCGCGAACGGUAUCCAUCUGGAGGACAAGGUAGCUCUAUGUAGCCCGAGAACGCACAAUUUCUAUGUCAUCAUGGCUGCUAUUUUGAAAGCUGGGGGUUGUUACGUUUCGAUCGACCCAGAGUUACCAAUCGAGCGAAAGCGUUUCAUUGUAGAAGACAGUGGUGCGCGUCGAGUCUUUUCUGCUCCUGAAGAUACGUCCAUCUUUGGCGACGCGGCAGUCCCUAUAACAACGGCUUUCAUGGAUCAGCUGGAAUCCGACUUCAACGAUAGCAAUAUUUGUCUUGCGACACUCUCUUCUCUGGCCUAUCUUCUCUAUACAUCUGGUACUACUGGAAACCCUAAGGGUUGCCUUUUAACUCACCGAGGACUGUAUUGGGCCAUGGAUGCCUUCUGCGCUCUACCGAAACUCGUCACGAAUCCUGAUACCGACAAACGUUUGGCUUUAGCAUCCACCGCAUUCGACGUCCACAUCUCCGAAAUUGUGCAAAGUUGGUGCCUCGGCACGCGGUUGGUCAGCGCGCCACGUUUUGAGCUUUUAACCCAGUUGCGUCGGCACAUCAUCUCAAUUGGUGUGACGCACAUCGGUAUGGUGCCAAGCAUGAUCGAAGCCUUGCUGGAGAGUCCGGACGGGUUACCCAUAAAGUAUCUCGUUUCAGGGGGCGAGAAAAUCACAGAUUCGCUACUGAAGAAAUGGUCUGCGAGACCUGAUUUGGUUCUUGCUAACUUUUAUGGUCCGACAGAAGUCACGAUUGGCUGCACUUCAAGGCAGAUAGGCAUGAAUGAUCGCAAAGAAAACAUCGGAAGAGCUUUUCCCUCAUGCUCCGCGUAUGUCGUUGAUCGUGAUCUGAAUGUGGUACCGUUGGGAUGUCCAGGAGAGCUGGUCAUAAGCGGGCCUCUCGUUGCGCGCGGUUAUCACAACCUCCCUGACGUAACAUCGAAGGUGUUUAUUGAUUAUCCUAGUCCGGGAUGUAAGGCGUACCGUACGGGUGAUCUAGUUCGCAUGAUGCCGGAUCACUCCAUCGAAAUCAUGGGUCGUAUCGAUAGCCAAGUUAAAUACCGUGGGGUACGCAUCGAAACGGAAGGGAUAUCUUCCAUACUCCAGGCUGCCGGCGAUGACAAGCUCGCCGUUUCGACUUUCAUCACGACCCAUCCUGCAGUGGGCGCACAGGAGCUCCUCGUCAGCUUCUUCGCCUUGGGUAAUGAUGUCUCUGUUGUCGACCGUCGUUCCUCUAUUCCUUCGUUGGUUCAGACAGAAGAAGCGAAGACGCUGGUACAAACCCUGAAAGCGGCCGUUCAGGUACAGCUUCCGGCUUAUAUGCGACCAGCGUAUAUUCUUCCUGUUGAGUUCAUACCACUGAGCUUGAAUGGGAAGACGGAUACCAAGGUUCUGGAGCGUAUUUUGCGCAGCUUGGAUAUGCAGGCGUUGUUGGGGAAUUAG